ACACACUAUAAAACAUAACCAUACUGUCAUCUGUCAAUUAAUUUAAUUCGUUCAGUACAAUAAUUGAAUGACAAACAAAAAUUAUUGAAGUUUUGUAUUAUUCUUAUACAUAUACAUUAAAUUUGUAAAAAUGAGUUUUGGGUUACCUUCAGUUAAAGUUAAACCAUCGGUUGCGGACACCUUCGAUUUAAAAGAAGAUUCAUUUGGUGGUCAAGAAUUGAUGAAAUAUGGUCUACAAUCAGGACGUAAGACUCCAGAUGUACUUCACCCUCUAGCUACAUCAGAAACUAAGUAUCGUGCUAGCAGGCAACAGAUGAACAUGACUAUUUUAAGAAACACGCAAGGCUUACAUGCUCCUCUUCGUUUGGCAAUGGAAUUGAAAUCUUCAAAGAAAAUUGGUCGUUUACCAUUUUUACCUUCUUCGAAUAUUAUGCACGAGGUUUUAACUGGUCAAGAUCUAGAAAUAGGAGCUGAAGAUAUUUUCAACACGUCGGAAUUUACAGAGUAUUCAGGACAACCUCAUGCUGUUGUCGAAAAAUCCUUAGGUAUAUUAUAGAUUUUCUAAGAUUUAUUUAUAAUUUUCAUUCUAUGUUCAAUAAAUGGUACAUAAAAA